GGUGGAGGGAGGAGCGAGCUGACGUGCGGAGCGGCCCCGAUACCUCUUUGCCAGCCGGUGGGUUUGCAGCCACAGCAAUAGCUCCGAGUGGCGGAUAGAUGGUGGACACGAUGCAGCCGGCGAUGGAGGGCGAAGAGAACACAGUUCGCUUCGCCCGUAAGGGCGCCCUGAGGCAGAAGAACGUGCACGAGGUGAAGGACCACAAGUUCAUCGCCCGCUUCUUCAAGCAGCCCACGUUCUGCAGCCACUGCACAGACUUCAUCUGGGGAUUCGGCAAGCAGGGAUUCCAGUGUCAAGUUUGCUCCUUCGUAGUCCACAAGCGGUGCCAUGAGUUUGUCACCUUCUCCUGCCCAGGUGCAGAUACAGGACCUGCCUCUGAGGAUCCCCGGAACAAGCAUGAAUUCAAGAUUCACACCUACUCUAGCCCAACAUUCUGUGAUCACUGCGGUUCUCUCCUUUAUGGGCUCAUCCAUCAGGGCAUGAAAUGUGACUCCUGUAUGAUGAAUGUCCACAAGCGAUGUGUUUCCAACGUGCCCAGUAUGUGUGGCAUGGACCACACCGAGCGACGAGGACGUAUCUUCAUCAAGGCGGAAAUUGUCAAGGACCUGCUCACUGUCCUGGUGAAAGAAGCCCGGAACCUUGUACCGAUGGACCCCAAUGGCCUCUCUGACCCCUACGUGAAGUUGAAGCUGAUUCCUGACCCAAAGAGUGAGAGCAAGCAGAAAACCAAGACCAUUAAGUGUUCCCUCAACCCAACCUGGAAUGAGAGCUUCACAUUCAAUCUAAAGGACUCAGACAAGGACCGCAGGCUGUCUAUUGGAAUAUGGGACUGGGAUCUAACCAGCAGAAAUGAUUUCAUGGGAUCACUGUCUUUUGGAAUCUCAGAGCUGCAGAAAGCGGGGGUCAAUGGCUGGUACAAGCUGCUGAGUCAAGAGGAAGGGGAGUACUACAAUGUUCCUGUGCCUCCUGAUGAGGAUGUUGAAGGAAAUGAGGAGCUGAGGCAGAAAUUUGAGAGAGCCAGAAUUGGACCAGGAUCUAAGGCGGCUGAGGAGAAGAGAUCUGAUUCUUGGUCCAAAAUUGACAACAAUGGCAAUCGAGACCGGAUGAAGCUGACAGACUUCAACUUCUUGAUGGUGCUAGGAAAAGGCAGCUUUGGGAAGGUGAUGUUGGCUGAAAGAAAGGGCACUGAUGAGCUAUAUGCCAUCAAGAUCCUGAAGAAGGAUGUGGUGAUCCAGGACGAUGAUGUAGAGUGUACUAUGGUGGAGAAAAGAGUUCUGGCAGCUCCUGGGAAACCCCAGUUCCUGACCCAACUGCACUCCUGCUUCCAGACCAUGGAGCGUUUGUAUUUUGUGAUGGAGUAUGUGAACGGAGGCGAUCUCAUGUACCAGAUUCAGCAGGUUGGCAGAUUCAAAGAGCCCCAUGCUGUAUUCUAUGCAGCAGAGAUUGCUGUUGGCCUGUUCUUCCUGCACAAUCACGGCAUUGUUUACAGAGACCUGAAGUUGGACAAUGUGAUGCUGGAUUCAGAAGGACACAUAAAGAUUGCUGAUUUUGGCAUGUGUAAGGAGAAUAUGUGGGAUGGAGUGACGACCAAGACCUUCUGUGGUACACCUGACUACAUCGCGCCUGAGAUCAUUGCCUAUCAACCAUAUGGGAAGUCAGUGGACUGGUGGGCCUAUGGAGUAUUACUGUAUGAAAUGCUGGCAGGACAGCCUCCUUUUGAUGGUGAGGAUGAAGAUGAGCUUUUCCAAUCUAUCAUGGAGCAUAAUGUAACUUAUCCCAAAUCAAUGUCCAAAGAAGCUGUGUCCAUUUGUAAAGGGCUUUUAACAAAACAUCCAGCAAAACGACUGGGUUGUGGACCUGAAGGGGAACGAGACAUCAAGGAACAUGCAUUUUUCCGUUGGAUUGAUUGGGAAAAGUUGCAACGCAUGGAAAUUCAACCUCCAUUCAAGCCAAAGGCGUGCGGGCGCAACGCCGAGAACUUCGACCGAUUUUUCACCCGUCAUCCACCAGUUUUAACACCACCUGACCAAGAGGUCAUCAUGAAUAUUGACCAGGCAGAGUUUGAGGGCUUCUCCUUUGUUAACACGGAGUUUGCAAAGCCGGAGGUUACCUGUUAAUUUUGUCUGGGGAGGAAUAAGGGAACAAGAGGGAUGGGGGUCAGAAAUCUUCUCCAGCUUGAGGGCCAAAUUCUGGGUUGUGCGGCAUGUUCACAGGCUGUUAACUUCUGCGAUGUUUGCUUUGCAAUUCUUUCAAAGCGUGUUGGAAUGCAGUCCUUCAUUCUUCAUCUCACUACAGCAGGACGCUGAGUGCUGCCAGCAGCCGAUGCAGCAGCUGCUGAUAGUUCACAUUGCAGGUACUUCCCUUUACAUUCAGUCUGUAUGAAAAUGCUUUGCAAAACUAUUAGCUGCCUGAUUGCCAAAACCUGUUUGAUAGUUUAUUAACUGGACCAGUCCAGUGGCUUUCCCGUUGCUCUAACACAAAGAGGUAAUCUCUCUUCACUGUGUAGUGAAGCAUUCUCUGGCUGUGAAACCCAUUGUGGCUUUGUGAAGGUUUCCUUGCAAAACAUAUCUGUGGCUGUGGGCAAUCUACCCAGGGAAAUUUUUGUUAACAGAUGUAAGAUGUCAUUUUAAGUGGCUCUUAAGAAAUGUGUCAAGGUUUUUCUAAAUAUUUUAUGGCCAUGUCAUGUGAUCCCCAAGGCUGAUGUGUAAUUAUAAUUAUAUUUGAAUUGAACUAAGUGUCUGUAAAGAUUGCUCUAUUUUACAAGUGUUAGUGUUUCUCCCCACCCUAUUUGGUAAUAAGUCCUUCUACAGGCUGAAUAAAAUACUGAAGACCCAGCUUCAUUCUCACCACUGGCUCUGACCUUAUAGGGUGAACCUUCUCGCAGAAUGCUGGCAUGUUUAUGGUAAAAAUGAAACUUUGCAAGAAAUUUUAACAAAAAGUGCGUGCCUGUUGUUUUGUAGUGUGUUGUUAACAGUGCCUGCAGUUGAUGUGCCAAAUAUUUUUCCAGUAUUGAUAAUCAAUAAAGAAAAUCGCACCAACAAAUGAGCUUUUCUUGCCUUAGUCACCUGCUUAAUGUAACAGUAGUUCCUUUAAUUGGGCAUUUUCUAUGCCACUCUAUUGCUCCAAGAAAGAAGGUUAAUUAAGGCUGCCUGAAAUAGACAUUGAGUUCCUCCUCCACUUUAAUCCUUUCUUCACACUUCCAAUACAAAUUACAAAGCUGCUGAUCCCAAGGAAAAUCGGAUGGAGAAAAAUCACACAAUAGCCACUGCACGGAACAGUCAUUUGGUCCUCUGACUUUAGAGGUACACACACAGAAUGCUGGGGGAGAUCAGCAAGUCAGGCAGCAUCUAUGGAGUGAAAUAAAAAGUCAAUAUUUUGGGCUAAGACCUUUGGGCCAACUGCCUUCAUCAGGCCUGUCCAGUUGUCCUGAUGAAGGCUCUUCUGGUUGACUGCAAAGACACUGCCCGACCUGCUGUGAUCCUCCAGUAUUCUAUGUGUUUCGAACCACAUUUCCAGCAUCUGCAGUCUCUUUUGUAUCUCUGUGCAGGAUCUAUGCUCUAUGCAGCAGCAUCCAGCCAGUCUAAUACCCCGAACUUCCCCCAUAGCAUGAUGUUUUUGUUCCUUUCAGAUCCUUACCCGGUUACUUUCUGAAUCUGCUGCUACUGCCACGGCCAUAUUAAUGCAGCACAGGUAGUUGCUGUGACUCACUCUGUACUUAUUUACGAUUUGCCAUUUGCAGUUCAUUACUAAUUCCAUACCCUCAUCAUACUCUUGUCCUCCUCUGUUCUGUGAGGAACAAGUGCAUCAACUGCUGAAGUCUCUCCUCCCUGCAAUUGUUUCGGAAAACCACUUCUGUAAUCUUUCCAAAUCCAUGAUAUCUCUCCUGGGUGAGGGAAAUGGCAAUGUUUUAUGAAAGUUCAUUGUGACUUCCUUAUUCCUGCACCCAGGAUACUAUUUUGCUGUUUUAACCACUUUCAAUCACAUAGAUCCCUAGAUCUCAGAUCUGUUGCCCACUCCAGUAUUGUCCCCUCCCCUCUAGUUCGUCUCCUCUCGGUCUUUACCUUCUCAGCAUUUAAUUCCAUCUGCCCAUCCAUUCCCACAGCCCUUAUAUCCUUGAAGUCCGUCACUGUCCACCACAGUUUGUGCCAUCUGUAUACUUGCAAGUGUUGUCAUGUGUUUCCAGGUUUAAUUCAGUUAUGUAAAGGAAGGAAGGCAGAAUUCCCUGUAAACUUCACCAUACACUUCCCUUCAGAUUGAGAACCAAUCCUUCACUACAGUCUCUGUUCCCUGUUUCUGAGCCAAUUUUCUGUCAACCCAAUACAUGAGCUUCAACUUCAAUAUUAGCCUGAUAUCUGCCCCCUUUUCACACGCCCUCAGAAGUAAACAUACACUAUAUUUUCCUCUUCAAUCCCACCAACCAUCAAAAAACCUUGACCCUAGUUUAUCCAGGCUACAUCACCAUCAUUCUAUUUAAAUUGUUCCCUCUCCAGUCGAUCAUUUUACCUCAGACUGGUCUAUACUAAUUUCCAUUGCUAUUCUAAAUCUAACGAUUUUAUGAUUACUAAAAAAUAUUGAACUUCAAGUCCCAAGCACUCCACAUUAAUGUGAAUAUCACUUUUCUCAGUGAAUGAAAUAGUAAAGUGGUAGACUCAUGCAAUAAUAAUCAUUUUUUCUACUCUAUUAAUAAAAGUACCCUAUUGCAGGGUUGCUCCACUAAAUAAACAACUUUAACUUUGUAUAGUAUUGCUCACCCUCCUUAAUAAAGAGUGUCUGAAAUAGUCCCACAGUCCGUAAUCCUUAAUCUGCUGAAAGAGUGGAAUUGUUUAGGACAUAGAAAUUCAAAUCCUGAACCAGAUGUGAUUCUGCAGUCACUAAGCAUUUUAGCAUGUGCUUGCAAAGAUGAAAAGAGGCAAGGGAAAGCUUCUCUAAUGUGAGUGUGUGAAAGGAUGUCCUGGAUCUCUUGUCAAAGGGAGAAGGCUCAGCCCUGCUGGAAGUUUCGUACACAGGAAUGAAGGUGGAGAUGCAUAUUUUCAUUUCAAUAGGAAAAUGGGAAGAUAGAGAGUAGCACCAGUUAGAAGGUCUGUAAUACUGCAGUAUGCACAAUUUACAUCCUUAGUAUCUGUGAAAUGAAGAGAACAGCUGAUGGUAUUUGUCUGAUAACUGACUUUACUACUGAGCUUUACACUUCUGGUGACCCCUACUCAGUAUGUACCAUAUCAACAUUUUGAUUUGUAGUACAUUGAUCACUGCAUCCAAACAAAUAACAGUAUCUGGAAAGCCAUGACCUUUUUCAUGAUUUGCUAGUAUUUACAAGGAUUCUGUUUGAGCACAGUCUUAAAAUGCCAUGGCCACAUCAAGCUGACAGCAAAAGGCAAAGUGCAGUGCGUAAGACUAUUAAUGCUGCAAUGGCAGUGACAGUAAUUAGCAGAAUACAUCUCAAGGGAGAAGAUGUCAGAAUAGUAAAGGAAGAGGUGUAUAAGAUGAUGGGAGGCAUUGAUCGUGUGGAUGGUUAGAGGCUUUUUUCCCAGGGCUGAAAUGGCUAGCACAAGAGGGCAUAGUUUUAAGGUGCUUGGAAGCAGGUACAGAGGAGAUGUCAGGGAUAAGUUUUUUUAUGCAGAGAGUGGUGAGUGUGUGGAAUGGGCUGCCGGCGACAGUGGUGGAGGCGGAUAUGAUAGGGUCUUUUAAGAGACUCCUGGAUAGGUACAUGGAGCUUAGAAAAAUAGAGGGAUAUGGGUAACCCUAGGUAAUUUAUAAAGUAAGUACAUGUUCGGCACAGCAUUGUGGGCUGAAGGGCCUGUAUUGUGCUGUUUUCUAUGUUUCUAUGAAGAGCUGGGGGAGAGUCAGGUAAAGAGUGUAGUGCAAAACAUCAGAGGUAAGGUUUGAAAAAAGGGCAGAUUGCAGAGUUACAGGGAUCAGCUGAGAUUUGCCCUCAGGAAAUGGUGUUUCUGAGAGGACAUCCAGUAAAUAUCCCCACUAUGGGACAUCCCUGAAAGUGAGGAUUCAUGCAGUGUGGUUCAUAUUUGAAGUGCCCAAAAAGCAGGGCCAGAGUCUAGAGUUAUAGCCAGCAGUGAAUAGCAUAAAGGAUUCUCAUCCUCAUCAAGCAAGACAUAGAAGCAACAGCAGUUGCAGAGUGUGACAUAUCAAAGAUGUACAGCUUAUGGAGGGUUUCACAAAUUGCCUGGACCUCACAGACUAGUGAAGUACACACUCCAUCAAGGUACUUUUCUGUGGGGUUUUAAUUGGUUCAUAAUAUUCUAGGGAGUAACAUCCUUUAUGAACAUGGUAUUUGUAUGAAAUUUAAUGCACAUGAUUGCAUGAGGUUCCACAUUUUAGGUGUAAAGGAGGCUGAGUCUGAAUCAAGCUUGCUUCAGUACGGGUUAUUCAAUUAGAGUACAUGUUCUAUCCUUUUAUAGUCCUGUUCCCAAAGACACAACAAAUUAGUUGUUUGCGCUAAAUCAUUUCAUAUUCUAACAGCUCUCUGAGACAGAAAUUUCUUCAAACAUUCCCUUCAUUCUUUCAAUGAUAACCUUAAAUCUGUGCCAAGUCCUGAAUUUACCAAUUCUGAAAACUUCCAGCUCCAUCUGCUAAAUGUAUAAUACACUGCAUGGCUUCACAAUGAUACAAACACUGCCUGAAUAAAGUAUCCUGGUCUUGGUAUACUACAGCUUCAUACAUGAAAACCCAGCAAACACUGAAAUAAUACAUUCCAAAGGUUUUUAUUAAUAUCAUAUCCUGUAUUGGUGUGUACAGCUCAACUAGCGCUCUGGGCAGAAGUAAUGCCUACACACACAACAUUGUGUAAGAGAAAAAGCAUCAUUUAUUUCAAUUUGCAUUAUUAGUAUAUGCAUUAGUAUGUGCUGAUAAGUAUGUCUGCUUGCUCAAAGCAUACAUUAUCAGCCUUUGUUGUUCAUGUUAAUGGUGUUACUUUUCGAUAUUCAGUUUGCAUUGUUUCUCAGUGUACUGUAACAAUUCUUCUUGGAUAGAAUUGCAGUAAUUUCCUAUGCAGCCUGUAACAUCAUUGUGUGAAUAUUUGUCAAAGUUUCCAUGAUGCUAUGUCUGAGUGUACUGUACUCAUAUUUUAUUCACAUCGUUGAAUGUAAAUUGUCAGUUAUUUCCCGUUGCAUUAAGAUUACUAAACUUUUCCAUUUGCACCCUGUGUAACAUAUUCAUCAUAUUUUGUUACUCAUUUUACAUUGUGACUGUAUGUACAUUUUGAACCAAUUUCUGUUACUGAAGCGUGUACGGUAUACUAUUUCAGCAUGUAUUGGGAAUCUUCAUCACUUAUUCAAGCAUGUCUUACUAACCAGAACACUACAAAGUAAAUGACAUCGUGUAUUAGAAUGCCUUGCAUGAAUUUCUACCCUACUAAGGAUAACAGAAAUAAAUGGGGGAACUCAGCACAUCAUGCAGCAUCUAUGGAAAGAAAUGCAGAGCUGACGUUUCAAGCCAAGACCAUUCAUCAAGUUGACCUGCUGAGUUCCCCAUCAUUUCAUAUGUUUUGCUCUGGAUUUCUAUCAUCUACAGAAUCUCUUCUGUAACAGAAAUAAAUAUCUUCUACAGUCUAGCAUAACCUGCCCUGAAUA